CAAUAUUCCAUAAACGAAGUCAUAACUGAUAGAACAACAUUUUUUUUAAAACUAAAAAUUAUAAUCUAACACACAAAAUAUUAUAUCAGAAACGUAUAUAAAGUCUAAACACAACUCCAGAAUCAAGAUCAGAUCACAUAAACAUAAUAUAUAAGGAAAAAGAAAUACUAAUAAUAUGUUGUUCGGACCCGCUCUUCAUUCGGAUCUUCGAUCGGUGGCAGCAUUCGCAUUCGGCAACAGUAAAGGGCCUAACCCGGGUUUCCGGCCCGACCUGACACCAGAAAGUGCUCGGAUUCUGACUCUUUGUCGUCGUCGUAGGAGCCUGGGAGUGAGAGCCUCCUCCAAUGGCGCGGCGGUCGAGAAGAGUAAGGACAACCGCUUUUCCAUCUGUACGGCUGACGAGGUUCACUUUGUUAAGGCUCCCAACUCCGAUUGGAGCCUCGCCCUCUGGCGCUACCUCCCAUAUCCAGAGAUGGAGUACAUAAGAGCUCACUGCAAAUCAAAAGAUGGAAAAUUGCAUGCAAUUGGUCACUCAAUGGGCGGUAUUUUGUUAUAUGCGAUGAUCUCUCGGUGCUGUUCUGAGGAGAAGGAUUGUGGGUUGGCAUCAGUUACUACUUUGGCAUCAUCACUAGACUACACAUCUUCAAGAUCAUCACUCAAAUUACUUUUACCCUUGGCGGACCCUGCACAAGCUCUGAAUGUUCCUGGGAUUCCAAUAGGGGCAAUAAUUUCAGCUAUUCAUCCUUUAGCUUCCCAUCCUCCUUAUCUUUUAUCUUGGCUGAAAUCUCAAAUUUCUUCUCAAGAGAUGAUGCGUCAAGAAUUGUAUGAAAAGGUUGUUUUGAACUACUUUUGUACCGUACCUGCCAAGCUUCUGUUACAGCUAGCAUCAGCUUUCCAGAAGGGUGGUUUACGUGAUAGGAGUGGAAAUUUCUUCUACAAGGAUCAUCUCCACAAAACCAAUGUCCCUAUUUUAGCCAUUGGUGGAGAUCAAGACCUUAUUUGUCCUCCAGAAGCUGUUUAUGAAACAGCAAAGCUCAUCCCUGAGCAUAUGCUCACGCUAAAGAUUCUUGGAGAACCUGAGGGUCCUCAUUACGCUCACUAUGAUGUUGUGGGAAGUCAUCUGGCUGCAGACCAAGUAUAUCCACAUAUAAUUGAAUUCCUCAAUCAUAAUGACAUGACUUGAUUUCUUCUACUCUUAUUUUCUGCAUCCAUUUGAAGAUAUAUUCCACUUAUUUUACUCACAAUCACAAAGAAGCUAUACAGACAAUUAUACCCAAGAAAAUGUUAUAGUCCUGAUGAACAUAGAACUUAUUUUACAGUUAAUACUAGAGAUAGAGAAGAUGCUUGUAAAUGAAAAAAUUGAAAAUAACAGUUACCCUAGGAAGUUGUUCUUGCAGUUUGUAAUAUAUAUACAGGUUUUAUUAUCGUUGACAUAUGGUUUAAUUGUAGUAAAAAUUACGUUUUGUCCUUUGGUUAAACA